AUUUACGUAGAGAUAGAUCUAGAAAUGGGGGACGUCUUUCUUGUUUUUAACGUUACUUUCACUUUACCAAAACCAGAUUCGAGUAUUUCAGCAGCUGCAAGCAGCAAUGGAAAUGAAUGACACAUCAAAGAAACUGAAAGACAUAUUUCUCCUCCUUGUUCCUGAGAAUGACUGUCCACUCUCUGAAGAAGACCAAACCAGAAAAAAGGAAUUAGUUGAAUUUUUUGAGCAUUUAAAUUUAUACUCAAGAAGACUAAAUGACUAUUUCCAUUGCACUAGCACCAACAAUUUUUAUGAAUUAGUUCCACGCUUUCUGCAUCUUCUAAGAGAAUGUCUUCUUACCCAUCAAUGGCAAAAAGCACUUAAGUUGAUCACAGCUUUAUCUAAUGAAGCAAGGGGACAAGACUCUACAAUGUGGAAGGUAGGACUUGCCUGUUUAUUUCAAGAUGAAGAGAGAAACAGUCGCCUUAUCCAGCAAUUUGUAAAUCAGGUUUACAUUCUGAAGGGACUUGCUGUUGUUGAAGUCAUGUUGGAUUAUUUGCUGUUCUUGAUACUGAAAUUGAACAUUGAAGAUGCCAAAGGACUUGUGCAGGAGCUGAAGCUUAAAACAUUAUUUUGUAGUCAGCUGACCAAUGAAAGAAGAUCCAUGGCACAUACUUUGUUCUUUGCUUACCAAGGCUUGGUAUUGUACGUUGAAUGGAAAAUGGUUUUGAUGAAAAUAGAUGAUGAGGAAAUGGAAAUGGACCUUAUAUCUCAGAAGUUGUCUCAGGGAGCUACUGCUAACUCUGCUAGAAGUAUUGCGGACAGAGCUGUAGAAUAUUUAAUCACAGUCAAAGAUUUGCCUGGCAUUUGGGAUAUAUUUAUAUCAAGGAUAGUUGAGAUAUAUGAAUAUUAUGGAAAUACAGAUGAAGCCAGAGAAUUAUUAACUUCUUACAGAGACAGAAACCCUUCCAAUCCUAAUGCCCACUUUUACUUGUACAAGUUUGAAAUGAAUCAAGAUGAAAACCCAGAAACUCGUCUAGAUUGUCUUAAGCAAAUUCUGAGGUUAGAUCCAAGUAAUGAACUUUGUUUAACAUUGUACAACCUUCUCGAGGAAUUCUUAGAGCCUAGGUCAGUCGUCUACUUGUUUGACUUCCUGGACUAUGAACAUUGUUGCCAUAAUGAAUAUGUCUGGGAAGCACUAGCAGAUAAACUCAGCCAAGUGAAUGACAACCCACUUUUAGCUGAGAUUGUUAGAGAACAGUGGGACAUACGCAGAAAGUGGUGGCCUCAGACCAGAUUGAGUAUAACAACAAAUCAAAUUAAAAUAUCAACCAGAUGCCAAAGUCUAAUUCAGAGAGUGAAGGAUAGUUUGUUAUGUAUGGGAAAUGAUAAAACCUGAUCUCCCAAUGAAACAAAGAGAAUAUGCUCUCAUCAGCUAAGAUGUGUGAUGGUUUCAACCUUCUUUACUCAUGGUAAUACUUCGAACUAAAAUGAUGUCACCAGAUAAACCUUGGUGAUGAAGACUAAGUAACUCACAAAUACAUUAUUAUCUGAUGAAAAUGUCAAUAUGAUUUAAAUGUAAAUAAAGUGAACACUUUUUCAAAUCUCUGUUGCAAGCUGGCAUCUAAACUAAGUUUGAACAAAACAGCUGGAAAGAAAGUGUUGUAUCACUUUGUGGAAGUGUUUUAGAAUACAUAACCAUUCAACUGAUUACUCUGCUUGAUGUUAGCAGCAGGUAUUUCAUAAAAUGUAUACCACAAAAGAAAAAAAAAGGCAAAGCAUUUAUUUUCAAUCUUAUUCUUCCAAUUGACAAAUUGAAGUUACAAAUAAGAAUUUCAAUUCCUAAAGCAGCUAAAUAAUUGUCCUCUUUCAUAACCAUCAUCGCCCAGAAGCCAUAAUUGCAGCAACACCUGCAGAUAAUUAACAAACAUAAAAAAUGAAUAUAUUGGAAAUAAUGUACAAAGUACAGAUUGAGUUGUAAAUGUAGAUCUGAAACUUACUGUCAAAUGAGAUUUUCUCUGUGAUGUUUUUAGUUUUGAUAUUUUCUUCUUGAUUGGUGAUGAAGACAUAGCCAUCUAACAUCUCAGUCCAACCAUACUUGCUGAUCCACUGACUGGAAUGAGCAUCUGGAACAAAAAUAUAUUUUAUUUUCAGUGUUUAAGGAAGAUCAAGCCUAGAUAUUCGAAGUUGUUAGAUGUAUUUAUUUUGAGAAGAGAGGGAGUAGUGUGUCAUUGUUUCAGAAAAAUCUAUUAAAAAUUUGAAAUAAAUAUUGA